UAAGUUAGCUUGGGACAUGACGGAAAUGAUCAAGAAUAGGUUUUUGUAUCCACUUGGCUACAGUAGUGUAAAGAUCGAUCCGUUCGACUAUAUUGUUUUCACAAAGUUUCUCGUUAAUAUAAAUAAGGUAUACGCAAUGCUCUGCACGAUAAUUGUUCUAUUAAUGACUACGGCCUUCAGCUGCGUUCAUGCUAAAAUAGACAUUUCAUGGAAUUAUGAUAAACAUGGCACUGAUUGGCCGGAUAAGUGCUUUAGUGGACUACGUCAAUCGCCGAUUAACUUACUUUCAGAAUGGGAAUAUUCGCCAAACUUAAAUCCAAUUGAAUUUAAAAAUUAUUGUAAUGCGACUUUCAAUAGUACGCGAAUAUACAACAAGGGAACUACGGUAAGCAUGAAAAUGGAAAACAGCAUCAAGAGGCAUAUGCCUCAUAUGUACGGAGCUUGGCUGGUUGGAAAAUAUUAUGUGUCAGAGUUGCAUUUUCACUGGGGAUCUAAAGAAGUUGGAGGCUCUGAGCAUAUGAUAAAUGGUAAACGCUUGGACGUUGAGUUGCAUAUUGUGCAUAAGCUUCAGGAUUUGAAUGCUGGAGCCGAGCAAAACUCUAGUGGCAUUGCUGUUGUGGGUAUUCUGUUUGAAAUCAGCCGGGGUAAAAAUAUGCAACCGUUUUUUAAAACUAUUUUCGACUCUGUCACAAAAGUAAAGAAACACAACCAUGGAAGUUAUAUUCCUUAUAUGGAUUUAUGUCCCAUCUUGAGCAACGUGGAUCUCACUGAUUAUUUCAUCUAUAAUGGAUCGUUGACUACGCCUGAUUGUCGUGAAGGUGUCACUUGGAUCGUAUUUCGACAUCCCCUCAAAAUAUUCCCUAAUGAUGCUUUCAAAUUAUGGAGCCUUAGAGAUUACCGCGGCAAGCAGCUAAGCAAUAACUUCCGCAAUGUAAUGCCACUCAAUAAUCGCAAAGUUUAUCAUUUCAAAGGAAAUGCUCAUUUCAUCAAAAGGCUACAAUUAAAUUAA